AUGAAAUUGCGGUCAAGGUUUGCUGUUCUGGUAGAAAGCCAGGGCGGGGAACAACUGAAAUCUGAUAGGCAAGCCAUCGACACCCUAAGGGAACAAACAAACAUCCUGGAAGCAGAAAACAGGCAACUUAGGAAGAUCGUUGUCGACAGGGAGCAGUUGGAGCGAAGUCAUAACGUUCGCUUCUUUGGGAUAUUUACGGACGAUGAGGUUUUGGAUAAAAAAAUUAUCGAUUUAUUUAUGAAUAAUUUGGGGGUAAGCAUACCAACGAAGCCAUAA